AUGACGAGCAAGACACGCGUGAUCCCCACGGCUUCCGAGGCGCGGGCCCGCGAAAUUACGGACGUUCUCCGCCUCCUCCGCGACAGCGGCGUCAGUCUCGACUAUUUGGUCAGCAACAACAACGCCGACGGAGUCGAAAGCGUUGACGUUCUGGUCUCGACCACCCGACAAACAAACUCGACCGACGACGAUGAGGGCCGCGUUGUGAUCCCUACCUCGAGCCCCGAGGAGCGCAUCGCCGUCUGCGAGAUUCUUAAGCUGCUCCUCCAAAGCGACGUCGACAUCUCCUACCAGCUCUGCGACAAGGUUCUGUCUGUCGGCACGACGGCAUGA